AUGCAGCUCACUUUCAAAGAUUUGAAGCAGCAGAAGUUCCAAAUUGAGGCGGAACCUUCGGAGACUGUCGGACAAGUAAAGCAGAAGAUCUCCGAGUCGAAAGGAUGGGAAGUUCCUCAGUUGAAGCUCAUCUAUUCUGGAAAGAUUCUGCAAGAUGAUAAGACAAUCGAGACAUACAACAUCGAGGAGAAGGGAUUCAUAGUCUGCAUGGUUUCCAAGCCUAAGGCUUCUUCCUCCGCAGCCACUCCUUCGCAAGCCCCCUCCACGCCUUCGAGAGCGCCUGUCUCGACGCCCGCCGCUCCCUCGGCCCCGGCUCCUUCUACCGCUCCUGCACCAGCAGUUCCUGCUACCCCCUCCCCUGCUGCCGCUGGAACUGCCCAGCCCUCCUCGGAUGCCGCCUUCAAUGACCCUUCGACACUGUUGGCUGGUGCCCAGAGUGAACCAGUCAUUGCGCAGAUGGAGAGCAUGGGUUUCCCCAGAGAUGAUAUCAACCGUGCCAUGAGAGCCGCCUUCUUCAACCCCGACCGUGCGAUUGAAUACCUUUUGACUGGAAUUCCCGACAAUAUCCAACAAGAGCAGCAGCAGCAAGCUGCCGCUGCCGCCGCUCCUGCAGCACCUACCGGCGGUGCUCCCGCGACAACAGGUGGAGAGGAACCGGUUAACCUGUUUGAGGCUGCUGCCCAGGCUGGUGGGCCGGAAGGUGGACGUGGAGCCCGUGCUGGUGGCGCUGGAGCUGGGGAAGGAUUGCCCAACCUCGACUUCCUGCGGAAUAACCCCCACUUCCAGCAGCUUCGCCAGCUUGUUCAGCAACAGCCGCAGAUGCUCGAGCCCAUUCUCCAGCAGGUCGCCGCGGGUAACCCUCAAAUUGCUCAGCUCAUUGGACAAAAUGAGGAACAAUUUCUUCAGCUUUUGAGCGAGGAGGACGAUGGCGCACUUCCUCCCGGUACCCAGGCAAUCAGUGUCACAGAGGAGGAGAGAGAUGCGAUCGAGCGUCUUUGCCGCCUUGGUUUCUCACGAGACUUGGUCAUCCAGGCAUACUUCGCUUGCGACAAGAACGAAGAGCUUGCAGCCAAUUAUCUAUUUGAGAAUCCCGACGAUCCCGAAGACGGGAUAUGA